AUGGGGCUAAGAACUGCCAGCCUUUUUAUACUCUGGCUGGCACUUUCCUAUGCAAGCGAAAUAAGAAAAGGUAGGACAAGAAGCCACGGCCACUAUGUCUGCAGCACUUGGGGGAGCAAUCAUUUCAAAACUUUUGAUGGAGACAUCUAUCAAUUUCCUGGCAUUUGCGAGUAUAAUUUUGCUUCUGACUGUCGAGAGUCUUACAAGGAGUUCUCUGUCCAAAUUCAGCGUUCUCUGAACAGCAAUAACCAUCCUGUGAUCCAGUACAUUCUGAUAACAGUCAAGGAUUUCACAGUGUACCUCGCACCAAAGCUGGCUGUAGUAGAUGGGCAGAUUGUCAAGACACCAUAUUACAGCUCUGGUGUGUUCAUUGAGAACAAUGACAUUUACACCAAGGUUUAUGCCAAAUUAGGCCUGAUUCUGAUGUGGAAUCAGGAGGAUGCACUGAUGGUGGAGUUGGACAGCAAAUUCAAUAACUAUACAUGUGGUCUUUGUGGGGAUUACAAUGGCAUUCCAAUCUACAAUGAGUUUAUUAGUGGAGUCUCAAGCUACAAUUCAAUUACAUAUGGGAAUUUACAGAAGAUCAGCAAACCCAAUGCCAGAUGUGAGGAUCCUGAUGAAACUCAGGCCCUUCCAAGCUGUAACAAGCAUCGUGAUGAGUGUGAGAGAUUACUAACUUCUUCUACGUUUGCUGAUUGCCAUUCACGCCUCGAUGUGGAAAUGUAUGUCCAAGCCUGCAUGCAGGACAAGUGUGCCUGUAAUGGAAGCGAGGACUCCUUCUGCCUCUGCAGCACCAUCUCUGAGUAUUCUCGACAGUGUUCACAUGCAGGUGGUCGCCCGGGUGAAUGGAGGACACAGCACUUUUGCCCCAAGACUUGUCCUGGUAACAUGAUCUAUAAAGAAAGCAGCUCACCUUGUAUGGAUUCUUGUUCACACUUGGAGAUCAGCAGCCUCUGUGAAGAGCACUACAUGGAUGGUUGUUUCUGCCCUGAAGGAACUGUGUAUGAUGAUAUCACUGAGAAAGGCUGUGUACCUGUUAGCGAGUGCCACUGCAAGCUCCAUGGAAAAGCAUAUUCACCUGGACAAAACAUCACCGGUGAAUGUGAAGAAUGCACCUGUGAUUCAGGUAGAUGGACAUGCAAGGAUUUACCCUGUCCAGGCACAUGUUCAUUGGAAGGAGGUUCUCAUUUUACCACCUUUGAUGGAAAGAAAUACACCUUCCAUGGAGACUGUUACUAUGUGUUGGCCAAGGGUACUGCUAGUGAUUCUUACGUCCUACUGGCAGAACUGUCUCCCUGUGGCUUCACAGACUGGCAGACCUGCUUGAAGACUGUUGUGUUGCUAACAGAUCACAAAAAAAAUGUGGUGGUUUUCAGAUCAGAUGGCAGUGUGUUACUGAAUGAGAUGACAGUCAGUGUGCCUCAUGUGUCAGCCAGCUUCUCGAUUUUCAAGCCAUCUUCCUACUACCUCAUUGUACAAACUUCUUUUGGACUUCAGCUGCAGAUCCAGUUGCUUCCAGUCAUGCAGCUGUUUGCGACUGUGGAUCCAUCAGCCAAAGAAAGUCUGGAAGGUCUUUGUGGGAAUUUUAAUGGAAUAGAAGGUGAUGACUUUCAAACGGCCAGUGGGGUGGUGGAAGCUACAGGAUCUGCCUUUGCUAAUACAUGGAAAGCUCAGUCAACCUGUGCAGACAAGUUAGAAAGGCUGGAAGACCCUUGCAGUCUCAGCGUUGAAAGCGCAAAUUAUGCUGAGCAUUGGUGUUCUUUGCUGAAAAACUCAGAGGGUCCUUUUGCCAGAUGUCACUUAGUCAUUGAUCCUUCAGAAUAUUAUAAGAAAUGUAAAUAUGACACCUGCCUCUGCAAGGACGGUGAAAAGUGCUUGUGUGCUGCCCUGUCCUCUUACUCAAGGGCCUGUGCUUUCAAAGGGAUCAUACUGGGAGGCUGGAGACAAACUAUCUGCACUAAUGAAGUAUCUGCUUGCCCAGAAAGCCAAAUCUUUCUUUACAACCUUACAAUGUGCCAGCAAACCUGUCGUUCAGUUGCUGAUGGUGAAAAGCACUGCUUUCAAGAUUUUGUUCCUGUGGAUGGCUGUGGUUGCCCUGAUAAUACCUACUUAGACAAUCAGGGUACAUGUGUGCCUAUCUCCAAAUGCCCAUGUUACUACAAGGGGUCAUACCUGGAACCAGGGGAUUAUGUCACAAAAGAUGAAGAGCGUUGUGUUUGUCGAAAUGCAAAGCUCCAGUGCACUUCAGUGACUGUAGGAUCAACAAAAUGUCCUCCUCACAAGACAUACUUUGACUGCAACACAUUCCAGAACUGGACUUCACAAACACCUAUACAAUUCAGCUGUUAUACUCCUCGAAGUGAUCACUUCCAGGCAGAGUGUGUCUCAGGCUGUGUGUGUCCUCAAGGUCUGUUUGAUGAUGGGAAAGGGGGCUGUGUUGAGGAGAAGGAUUGCCCUUGUAUUCAUAACAAUCAGUGGUAUUCUCAUGGAGAUGAAAUAACGGUGGACUGUAAAACCUGUAUCUGCCAGAGAGGAGGUUGGAAUUGUACCAAAGGUGAUGUGUGCUAUGGGACUUGUACCAUAUAUGGAAGUGGUCAUUAUAUCACCUUCGAUGGAAAAUUCUAUGACUUUGAUGGGAGUUGUGAAUAUGUAGCUACUCAGGAUUUUUGUGGUGACAAAAACUCUAGCAGCUCAUUCAGUAUCAUCACAGAGAAUGUCCCAUGUGGAACUACAGGAGUCACCUGCUCAAAGGCUAUUAAAAUGUUUCUAGGGAACACUGAACUGAAGUUGGAGAACAAGGAUUAUAAAGAAAUUCAGCGAGAUAUCGGUGAUGAGGUGCAUUACAGAAAAAGGGCCGUUGGCCUGUACCUUGUUAUUGAGGCUAGCAAUGGUGUGAUGCUUAUCUGGGAUAAGAAGACUACUAUUUUCAUCAAGCUGACUGCUGAUUAUCAAGGCAAAGUGUGUGGUCUGUGUGGCAACUUUGAUGGCAAGUCCAACAAUGAUUUUACGACAAGGAGCGGAUUGCAGGAAACUAGUGCUCUGGAGUUUGGGAAUUCCUGGAAGCAGUCUUACACCUGCCCAGAUGUCACAGAAGAAAUCCUGCCUUGCAGCGUGAAACCACAUCGCAAGUCGUGGGCAGAGAAAGAAUGCUACCUCAUCCGGAGUGCUGUCUUUGAAAUCUGUCACUCCAAGGUGGACCCAACUCCAUUCUAUGAAGCAUGUGUUCAUGAUGCCUGCUCUUGUGACAGUGGUGGAGAUUGUGAAUGCUUCUGUUCAGCAGUUGCUGCAUACGCUCAAGAAUGUAUCAAGGCUAAGGCUUGUGUGUUCUGGAGAACUCCUGAUAUAUGCCCAAUAUUUUGUGACUACUACAACCCUCCUAAUGAGUGCGAGUGGCACUAUGAACCUUGUGGCAGUGACAUCUUGACCUGCAAGAUGAUCAAUAAUGUCAGCACUAACUUCUCAGUACCAUACCUGGAAGGUUGCUACCCCAGAUGCCCUCCAGAGAAGCCCAUUUAUAAUGAAGAGACAAAGAAAUGUGAGACCAGAGAUGACUGUGGGUGUUACUUCAAUGGAACUUAUUAUGAACCUGAGGAAGAAAUACUUGUAAAAGAGAACUGUAGAAGAUGUGUCUGUGUCUCCUCAGGAAACAUAAACUGUACAACAAUCCAAGGCUGUCCUUGUGUGAUCAAUGGAACGAGAUAUGAAGUGGGAGAACUUGUGGGGCAAAUAACGGAAGGUGACGAGUGUAAAAUAUAUGUGUGUGGACAAAAUGGAUCUAUAAUGGAAAUAACUGUUCCUUGUCCGACAACAUUGCCUACGAUCUCUUCAACCUCCUUUAGUACUCCUACCAUCACAGCUUCAUGCUUUGGAUUAAUAUGUGACUGGACUGAAUGGUAUGAUGUUAGUAAUCCUGAAGAAGGUGAUGGUGACUAUGAAACCUAUGAUGCAAUAAGAGAUAAACAUGGAAAUGUAGUAUGUGAAGCUCCUGAAAAAAUUGAAUGCAGGGCUAAAAAUAAUCCCAGCCUAAGCUUAGAGGAACUUGGCCAGAAGGUGGAGUGUAAUGUUACGUAUGGACUAAUCUGUAAAAAUGAGGAGCAAAGUGGUCCCUGGUCUGUUUGCUAUAAUUACGAAAUCAGGGUAAAUUGCUGUGAGUGGCAUGAAGUUCCUUGUGAGACUACACAGAGUCCAGCACCAACUACAACAUUCACCACCACCAGCACAACAAUACUGACCGCCACCACAGCCUGGCAGCCAACGGUGACUACUACAACACCCAAACCUACUCCAGUCACGACAAGCAAGCCCACACCACCAUCUACUACCCCAGUAACUUCAACCACCACAGGUCCGCCUGUAGUAUCCUGCGACUGCGUCUGGACUGACUGGAUCAGUGUGAGUUACCCAAGUGUGGAUGCAGAUGGUGGUGAAGAUGAAUCCUAUGAGAACAUCCAGAAGCAUGACCCUUCCUGGGUGUGUGUGAAGGCUGAGAAUAUUUCGUGCAGAGCAAAGGAUUUCCCGAACACUCCCAUUGAAGAAUUAGGGCAGAAAGUGGAGUGCAAUGUUAACACAGGGCUCACUUGCAAGAAUAAGGACCAGGUCGUGGGGGGUCUGAUACCAAUGCCAGUCUGCCUCAAUUAUGAGAUCAGUGUCUGCUGUGUCCCAAACAAACCGGAGUGUAUUCCAAGCACCACCCCAAGCACCACGGUUACAACCACCCCAAGCACCACGGAGACGACCACUCGCACGGCAACACCAUCAGUAGUUCCCACCAGCACAACGCCAUACAGCACUGCCUCCACCAGUGUCUGGACGACGACGACCACCACCACGUCGGGCACUCCGUCACCCACGCCAACCACCAUAUUCAUCACGAGCUCGCCUUCACCGACACCCACCACCUCGCUAACGCCUCCAACCGCAACAACUGCAGGUAGCUGUCUGAUAGUAUCCUGCGACUGCGUCUGGACUGGCUGGAUCAAUGUGAGUUACCCAACUGUGGGUGCAGAUGGUGGCGAAGAUGAAUCCUAUGGGAACAUCCAGAAGCAUGACCCUUCCUGGGUGUGUGUGAAGGCUGAGAAUAUUUCGUGCAGAGCAAAGGAUUUCCCGAACACUCCCAUUGAAGAAUUAGGGCAGAAAGUGGAGUGCGAUGUUAACACAGGGCUCACUUGCAAGAAUAAGGACCAGGUCGUGGGGGGUCCGAUACCAAUGCCAGUCUGCCUCAAUUAUGAGAUCAGUGUCUGCUGUGUCCCAAACAAACCGGAGUGUAUUACAAGCACCACCCCAAGCACCACGGUUACAACCACCCCAAGCACCACGGUUACAACCACCCCAAGCACCACGGAGACAACCACCCCAAGCACCACGGUUACAACCACCCCAAGCACCACGGUUACAACCACCCCAAGCACCAUGGUUACAACCACCCCAAGCACCACAGUUACAACCACCCCAAGCACCACGGAGACAACCACCCCAAGCACCACGGAGACAACCACCCCAAGCACCACGGUUACAACCACCCCAAGCACCACGGAGACAACCACCCCAAGCACCACGGUUACAACCACCCCAAGCACCACGGAGACAACCACCCCAAGCACCACGGUUACAACCACCCCAAGCACCACGGAGACAACCACCCCAAGCACCACGGUUACAACCACCCCAAGCACCACGGAGACAACCACCCCAAGCACCACAGUUACAACCACCCCAAGCACCACAGUUACAACCACCCCAAGCACCACGGAGACAACCACCCCAAGCACCACGGUUACAACCACCCCAAGCACCACAGAGACAACCACCCCAAGCACCACGGUUACAACCACCCCAAGCACCACGGAGACAACCACCCCAAGCACCACGGUUACAACCACCCCAAGCACCACGGAGACAACCACCCCAAGCACCACGGUUACAACCACCCCAAGCACCACGGAGACAACCACCCCAAGCACCACGGUUACAACCACCCCAAGCACCACGGAGACAACCACCCCAAGCACAACGGUUACAACCACCCCAAGCACCACGGUUACAACCACCCCAAGCACCACGGAGACAACCACCCCAAGCACCACGGUUACAACCACCCUAAGCACCACGGAGACAACCACCCCAAGCACCACGGAGACAACCACCCCAAGCACCACGGUUACAACCACCCCAAGCACCACGGAGACAACCACCCCAAGCACCACGGUUACAACCACCCCAAGCACCACGGAGACAACCACCCCAAGCACCAUGGUUACAACCACCCGAAGCACCACGGUUACAACCACCCCAAGCACCACGGAGACAACCACCCCAAGCACCACGGUUACAACCACCCCAAGCACCACGGUUACAACCACCCGAAGCACCACGGUUACAACCACCCCAAGCACCACGGAGACAACCACCCGAAGCACCACGGUUACAACCACCCCAAGCACCACGGAGACAACCACCCCAAGCACCACGGUUACAACCACCCCAAGCACCACGGAGACAACCACCCCAAGCACCACGGUUACAACCACCCCAAGCACCACGGUUACAACCACCCGAAGCACCACGGUUACAACCACCCCAAGCACCACGGUUACAACCACCCCAAGCACCACGGAGACAACCACCCCAAGCACCACGGUUACAACCACCCCAAGCACCAUGGAGACAACCACCCCAAGCACCACGGAGACAACCACCCCAAGCACCACGGUUACAACCACCCCAAGCACCACGGAGACAACCACCCCAAGCACCACGGUUACAACCACCCCAAGCACCACGGAGACAACCACCCCAAGCACCACGGUUACAACCACCCCAAGCACCACGGAGACAACCACCCCAAGCACCACGGUUACAACCACCCCAAGCACCACGGUUACAACCACCCCAAGCACCACGGAGACAACCACCCCAAGCACCACGGUUACAACCACCCCAAGCACCACGGAGACAACCACCCCAAGCACCACGGUUACAACCACCCCAAGCACCACGGUUACAACCACCCCAAGCACCACGGAGACAACCACCCCAAGCACCAUGGUUACAACCACCCCAAGCACCACGGAGACAACCACCCCAAGCACCACGGAGACAACCACCCCAAGCAUCACGGAGACAACCACCCCAAGCACCACGGAGACAACCACCCCAAGCACCACGGUUACAACCACCCCAAGCACCACGGUUACAACCACCCCAAGCACCACGGAGACAACCACCCCAAGCACCACGGUUACAACCACCCCAAGCACCACGGAGACAACCACCCCAAGCACCACGGUUACAACCACCCCAAGCACCACGGUUACAACCACCCCAAGCACCACGGAGACAACCACCCGAAGCACCACGGUUACAACCACCCCAAGCACCACGGAGACAACCACCCCAAGCACCACGGUUACAACCACCCCAAGCACCACAGUUACAACCACCCCAAGCACCACGGAGACAACCACCCCAAGCACCACGGUUACAACCACCCCAAGCACCACGGAGACAACCACCCCAAGCACCACGGAGACAACCACCCGAAGCACCACGGAGACAACCACCGCAAGCACCACGGUUACAACCACCCCAAGCACCACGGAGACAACCACCCCAAGCACCACGGUUACAACCACCCUAAGCACCACGGAGACAACCACCCCAAGCACCACGGUUACAACCACCCCAAGCACCACGGAGACAACCACCCCAAGCACCACGGUUACAACCACCCCAAGCACCACGGAGACAACCACCCCAAGCACCACGGUUACAACCACCCCAAGCACCACGGAGACAACCACCCCAAACACCACGGUUACAACCACCCCAAGCACCACGGUUACAACCACCCCAAGCACCACAGAGACGACCACUCGCACGGCAACACCAUCAGAGGUUCCCACUAGCACAACGCCGUACAGCACUGCCUCCACCAGUGUCUGGCCGACGACGGCGACCACCAUUUCGGGCACUCUGGCAUCCACCCCAAGCACUGUAAUCAGCAUGACCUCUUCGAGUACUUCAACGCUAAGCACCACUAUCAGACCAGUAGUAGUCACCCAGACCUCAGAACUUCCAAUCAGUAUACCUAUGGAAAAUACAUCCAGUAGCACAGGAGCACCAACGAACACCACUACUAAUACUACUCCUUUAGCGACAUCACUGACAAGUGUGAUUACAGAAAUAACCAGUACGGUGUAUACUAAAACCACGACUACAAAACCACCACCAAAAACAGUGUCCACAAGCCCAGUGUCAGCCACAACAUCUGGAGUCACUGAAACCACAUCAACCACCGAAGCCACCACGCAUGGACCACCUGUAACAUCAAUUAAAUCUACUCCAGUGUUCACCACGACAUCUGGAACAACUGAACCUACAUCAACUAGUAGCUUCUCCGGAUCAACUGUUCCUUUUACAACAUAUGCUAGCUUUACCACCCAUUCUGAAACAACUUCUAUAGAGUCAACUUCAUCUCUAGAGACCUCUUUUCCUGUUUCAGCCACUACUUCUGGAACAACUCCAACAGAGUCAUUCACCACCACUUCAGGAACAACUUCUACUAGUUCCACCACUACCCCUUUAACCACCACCACCUCUUCAGAAAUAGUUUCACUUGUCUCAACUACUACCUCUGAGCCAACUGCUGUCUCAAGCACAGUCACCAUUUCAGGAACUUCUACCUACAAAACAGUUACUACAGUUAGUUCAACAAGUGCUGUACCAUCAACCACCCCUGGGAAAUAUUGUUCUAUUUUCCCUAAUCAGUCUAUUCCGUCAGGUGACUCAUUCUGGCUUUGUAACUGCACGAAGGUAAUAUGUAUAGAAGACAACAAAGUCGAGGUGAUUCCAGUAAUCUGUAAUCCACCUCCUAAACCCACUUGUACUAAUGGGCUUGCUCCUGUACAAGUUGUUGAUGAGGAUGGAUGCUGUUGGCAUUGGGAGUGUGAUUGUUACUGCACAGGCUGGGGAGACCCGCAUUAUAUGACUUUUGAUGGACAUUACUACAGCUAUCAAGGGAAUUGUACAUACGUCCUUGUGGAAGAGAUUAAUAAAUCAGUUGACAACUUUGGUGUCUACAUUGAUAACUACCAUUGUGAUGCACGCGAUCCAGUCUCCUGUCCACGAACACUCAUUGUGAGACAUGAGACUCAGGAAGUGCGCAUAGCAACAGUCCAACCAAAUUCUCUAAAAGUACAGGUGACAGUAAACAAACAGGCAGUGGCUUUGCCUUACAAAAAAUUUGGUUUGACUGUGUAUGAGUCAGGCAUAAAUCGUGUGGUGGAGAUUCCUGAACUUAAGAUGAAUGUAACCUACAAUGGCUUGUCCUUUUCUAUCAGAAUGCCCUACAGCCUAUUUGGCAACAACACUCAAGGACAGUGUGGUACUUGCAAUAACGACACAGCAGAUGACUGCAUGUUACCAAAUGGAAACAUUGCAGAAAACUGUGAAACCAUGGCAGAUCAUUGGCAAGUUGUCGAUCCCUCUAAACCACAGUGCUCUCCAGGCAUAAUUCCUACAAAGAAGCCUAGCACAACCACAGGCCAACCCUGCAAAGAAGCUUCAAUCUGCCAGCUUCUUUUAGGAAGUGUGUUCGAGAAGUGCCAUAAAUACGUUUACCCUGAGAAGUACUAUGCAGCCUGCGUUUUUGACAGUUGCACACUUCCCCAGUUAGAUCUGGAAUGCUCAAGUUUGCAGAUCUAUGCUGCCACCUGUGCUGAUCAAGGCAUCUGCAUUGACUGGAGGACUCAUACCAAUGGUGUUUGCUCUUAUAAAUGCCCUGCACACAAGGAAUAUAGAGCAUGUGGUCCUACUAAAGAGAUGACCUGCAAAUCAAGUCCAGAGCAGCAAAACCAAACUGAAACUGAACAAAUGGAAGGCUGUUUCUGUCCUAAUGGAACAAUGCUAUAUGACUCUGGUGUGGAUGUUUGUGUAAAAACUUGUGGUUGCGUUGGAUUGGAUAAUAUACCAAGAGAGUAUGGGGAAAAGUUUACAGUAGACUGUAAGGACUGUAUUUGCCUGGAAGGUGAAAAUGGCAUUGUGUGUGAGGCUCACAAAUGUGCUGAACAAAAUGAGAUCAGUUGUGAUGGAGAAGGCUUCUUUAAGGUCACUGAAAUCAAUUCUGAAGAUCCUUGCUGCUCCAUUACCACCUGCAAAUGCAAUACAAGCUUGUGCACAAGCAAAGCCCCCAAGUGUAAGCUGGGAUUUGAAGUUCAUUCUCAUAUUCCCAGUGGUCAGUGCUGUCCUGAGUACCAGUGUGUUUCCAAGGGGGUUUGUGUACAUCAGAAUGCAGAGUUCUUGCCUGAUUCCCCAGUCUUUGUUGAUAAGUGUCAGAAUUGUAUCUGCACUAAUGAAGUUAACGUCACCACUCAACUGAAUGUCAUCUCAUGUGAGCAUAUUCCUUGCGACACAUAUUGUGAACCAGGAUAUGAACGUCAACCAGUGAAAGGUGAAUGUUGCGGAAAAUGUGUGCAGACUAAGUGUGUUAUACAUGUCCUAGAAAGUUCUCUCCUCAUCUUGAGUCCUGGAGAGUUUAAAAAUGAUCCUUACAACAACUGCACUGUUUAUAGCUGUGUAAAUAUUCACAAUCAGCUUAUCUCCUCCACAUCUGAGAUUACCUGCCCAGCAUUUAAUGAAGAGACCUGCAAACCUGGAACUAUUACAUUCCUACCUAAUGGUUGCUGUAAAACAUGUGCGCCUCUGGAUAGCCCAACACCAUGCUCUGUCCGUCAUAGAGAAGACUUUAUUUUCCAUCAGGGCUGCCAUUCUCUGACAAGAGUUGACUUGACUGAAUGUGAAGGAACAUGUGGAACCUUCUCUCUAUACUCUGCCGAGGCUAAUUCUAUGGAGCACAGCUGUUCCUGCUGCAGGGAGGCAAAGACUAGUGUGAAGGAAGUGGAACUGAAAUGCCCUACUGGGCGCUCAAUAACACAUCAGUAUGUGUAUGUGGAAAGCUGCAGUUGUCAAGACACUGUAUGUGAGAUCUCAAAAUCCAAAGAAUCCACAAGCACAGAAGAAAAUGACAAGCAGAGUGCUCUGGACCGUAUCAAGAGGGCUAUCAGCUUAACAUCAAAAUGA